AUGAGCGGAUCUGGCGACGGCUGGAGCGACCACGCCGACGGCUCCUGGCGCAGAUCGCGGCGGCUGGCGGCGUCUGGGGAAGCUGGGGCGACGGCUUUCCGAGGCAUCGAGUCCGAGCGGCGGCCGGAGGCUGGCCAGCGAGGAAAGCCAAGGCGGCGGGCUGGAGUUGGCGGCGGGGCAGCUGAGACGCGGGGCACCAGAGCUCGCAGGAAGCGGCGGCCGACGCGGGCAGGAGGAGCUGCGGCUCGCAGGGAGGCGGCGCGCAGAUGGGCUCGGCUGGCCGACGUCCCAUCACGUUACAGCUGGGUCAAGUCUCGUCACCGCUCUUGUCGUCUCUUCUCUCGCUCUCCGUCCGUCCCUCGAGUCCAGAUAAACAAGCCGUCACACUCCGGGAACAUGAACACGGCGGCGUGCUCCCCCUCGUCGUCGGCGCCGCCUCCGCCGUUGGCAGGCGUCGAUGUGGCCGAGGACGACGCGCUGGAAGAUGAGGAAACGCGGCGGUGGGGGAACAGGCUCCUCGAAGCGGCCUGCGACGGCGACCUCGACCUCGUCGCCAGGGUGGUGGAGGCGCUCGGCAUGGCCGCCGCGGCCGUCCGGUCGGGGAGCGGCCACGGGGCGCUGCACGAGGCCGCGGCCAACGGCCGGACGCUCGUCUGCCGCUACCUCGUCCAGGACCUCGGAUUCCCCGUCGACCCCCUCUCCGACACGGGCGAGACGCCGCUGCUCCUGGCCGCCACGCUCGGCCACACCGCGACGGCGGCCUGCCUCCUGGAGCGCGGCGCCAGCCCGCACACCCCCGACCACGACGGCGAGACACCGCUCCACUGGGCCGCCUACAACGGGGACCUUUUGCUGGCGCAGCUGCUGCUGGACAGGGGCGCCGACGUGGGCGCGGCGACCCCCCGUGGCACGGCGCUGCAUAUCGCGGCCACGCAGGCGCAUCCGAACCUGGUCGCCUUCCUGCUCCGCCAUGGUGCCGAUCCAAACAAGCUCGUCUGCCGUGUCUUCACACCCUUGGUCUCAUCGAUUCUUGGCGGCUCGCUGGAAUGCAUGAAGCUGCUCAUUCAGGCUGGGGCUAAUGUUAACGCGGAUGGAUCCCUUGGAACAACCACAACCCCUCUCUUGGUAGCGUGCAGCCGUCGCGGCAACAUCCGGCUCGUCGAGUGCUUGCUGGAAGCCGGAGCAGAUCCAAACAUUACUGAUGAACUUGGUAGGUUGCCGAUAGAAAUCGCCGCAGUCCACGCCGAAAGGAAAGUCGUUCGAGCUCUGUUUCCUGUGACUCAACGCCCUCCAACUCUGCUUGGUUGGAGUGUUGCUAGCAUACUGAGACGUGUAAAAUCUGCUUCUUACAGGGAGCGGAUGAUCAAGCUGGAAUGUAAGAGGAAAGAUGAACUAAAACUAGAAGGGAACAAGGCCUUCGAAAUCAAGGACUACGACACGGCAAUUCUUCUGUACAGCAUGGCACUGAAGCUCGACGACAUGGAUGCCACCUUAUAUUCAAACAGGAGCGUCAGUUGGUUGCACCUUGGUGACGGCGACGAGGCUCUUUCGGACGCCCAGGCCUGCACCAGGGUCUGGCCUGACUGGGAGAAAGGAUACUACCGUCAGGGAAUGGCCUUCCGCUUGCUGGAGGACUACGUCGGUGCUUGUGCCGCGUUUAGGAAGGCAUUGGAGCUUGAUCCGGGGAAUCCGAUCAUCGUCGACGCCCUCCGAGAUGUCUCCCAACGGUCGGAGCGUGUCCCAAGUAUGCCGUGCUAGAAGGAAGGGGAUGCAAGGCACAAGUCAGGUUUUAUCUUGGUUCUGUGAUUAAAGCAGUGGAAGGUUGUCUUUGUUGAUAGCGCUGGUGUAGGUUGGAUCUAUCAAAAAUGCUAGACUUACCAAGGAUUGCUACGUAAGGAUCUAUAGCCUUUUGACCCGUCCGGAUGACGGGUGGUGCAGCCCUAAGUGAGUGCUGCUGUAAUUAGGUUUUGGUGUAUGUUAUUUCCAGAAACUUAUAGUACGAUUUUUAGCUGUGUUAGCCAUAGGCCGCCCCUAGUUUCCUAACCUUGUGUUUGCUUU